AUGGAAUGCAAAAACGCCAAAGAAAUGUGGACCACUCUUCAAACACACCAUGAAGGAACCAGCCACAUAAAAGAAACAAGGAUUGACAUAGGAGUAAGAAAGUUUGAACUGUUUGAAAUGAGCGACAGUGAAACUAUAGAUCAAAUGUAUGGAAGGUUUACAGUCAUCAUAAAUGAGCUAAAUUCUCUUGGCAAAAAGUAUACCACACAUGAGAGAAUAAGAAAGCUACUAAGAUGUCUACCAGAAGAAUGGAGACACAUAGUAACUGCAAUAACUGUAGCAAAAGAUCUCAAAACAAUGGAUCUAGAAGAUUUCAUUGGAUCUUUAAAAGCUCAUGAAGCAAUACUUCAAGAAAAGAAACCAGCUAAAAACAAAAUGAUUGCUCUAUAA